AUGUUAUCUAGUUUCUGUUUUUGGCACUUUGUGGCCUUUUGGGAGCUGUUUUGGUUAUCUUGUUUACUUUUCUUUGGAUGCUGGUUUGAAGACUGUUUUGGCUUUUUUUAUUUGCUCUACCUUGAGUGCCGGUUUGGAGACUGUCUUGGUUAUCUUAUUUACUCUGUCUUGAGUGUUGAUUUAGAGAUCGUCUUUGGUAUCGAGAGUCUAGAUCCCAAGCCCACCUUGGAUCCCGAUUCAGAUGCUAGCUUGGGUCAAGUUAUGGAUUCCGAUUUGGGAACUAGCUUGG